AUAGAGGCGAUGCAUACCGAAUUCAAGACUAUGCGAAGUUCAGUCAGUCACCUGGCGGAGUUGAAGGCCUUUGAAAAGCGGAUUGCUGCCAUGGAGGCCCGUCAGGACGCUGCCAUGGAAAAUUUGUCCUCCCGUCUAAACGACACGGCCGCUGCCAUGGAAGUUCUCCAGGGCGCUGCCGUGCAAAAUUUGUCCUUCCGUCUUGACCAGACCGCCGCUGCCAUGGAAGUUCGCCAGGACGCCGCCGCGGAAAAUUUGUCCUCCCGUCUGAACCACACGGCCGCCCGACAAGCUGCCAUCGAGGCCCGCCAGGACGCCGUCAUGGCAAAUUUCUCCUCCAGUCUAAACGAGACGGCCGCUGUCAUGGAGACCUGCCUGGCCGCCAUUGAAAAUUUGUCCUCCCGCCUAAACGACACCGUCACCGAUUUCUGCCGGACUAGGCGCAUGGGCAUGUCAACCGGCGAUAUUCCGGACAGCAGCUUCACCGCAUCGUCCUACUACGAUCACCGGUUCGUGCCUGCAAACGCCAGGUUUGGUAUCAUUAGGAGCUGGAUACCGAGAACAGUGACUGCGGAAGUGGAGUGGCUAAAGAUAGACCUGGGCCAGGAGACUCUGGUGUACGGCGUCAUCACCCAGGGCCGCCCGGACUACAGCCAGUGGACGCAGAGCUACAGACUCUCAUUCAGCAUGGACGGGGAGACCUGGACCACGUACGCCGACACAGACGGCUCCGACAAGGUGUUCCAAGGGAACUAUGACCGGAGCUCACCGGUGUACAACUUCCUGGACUCUCCUCUCACCACGCGGCAUGUCCAGUUCCAUCCCCGAACCUACACUUCGCGCCCAGCCGUGAGGAUGGAGGUCCUGGGAUGUCCCACGGAGCUACUGUGAGCAUUGUCGGCCAUGGUGGAUUAGUGAAACGAUAUAAAGUAUUUUGUGAUUAUCAUUUCUUUACACAUAAGUUUGGUACUUCUCCGAAAAAAGGCAUAUAGUUUGGGAACACAAUAAUAAGUUUUAGCAAAUUCCUGCCCAGAAGAAAAUUGCAAGUACUUACAUGUAUUCUAAACACGACAAGAAAUGAAUAUGGAGAACAGUGAAGAUUUACAGCAUGAACGUUUGUCUUAGUAGCAUUGAUAAAUGACAGUCUAAGCUUUACAUGACCAACACUUACCGGCAAUCGGGACAUACCCGAAUGACAGAACGUGUCUUCAUUCAUGAUGACGAUUAGCGUUUGCGUGAUGAUUGUGUAUUUAUUAUGCUGUCAAGCUUUGGCGGAAAGUAAGCUGCCGGUGAAUAAGCUUUAUUCUUAUCAGUUUUGUCUUAACACGUGGUUCAGUUUGUUUACAAGUUUUUACUUUUGAAAUCUGCUCCAUAAUGGCGCACCUUAUUUCAGUCCUGUGCGCUAUACAGACACUCUAAGUUAGGACGAACAAUGGGUGCUGUGUUGCUGUACAAUAGGGGAUGGAUUUUAACAAAAUAAAAUAAUGUUUAUG